AUGCUGACCUCAGAUAGAUUUGAGUGUUUAUACGACAUAACCUCACUCAGCGCCAAACUCUGCUGUGAAGCGAUCUCCACAGAACCUAGGCUCAAAUGGCGAGGCCCUCUUAGCCAGGCUCGCCAGGAAAAUACUGGUACGUAUUCACAGCAUACCCCCAUUCACUUGUCCAAAUCAUCUUGGUAAGAAGCUAACAAGAUGUUUUGCAGAAAGGAGCUUUCAACAUAGCCCAACUUGAACAGUCCAGAGCUGGAUAGGUUGCCUGCUACAGCCAUAGGCCAGACGUACAUUUCCCGACAAAAAGAGCUGCAUAACUUCCAAAGAACUCUAAAGCUGAUACGAACCGAAAAAGAUGCCAGCUUGUUCAAACCCCUGAGCCGUUCUGAGCCUGUACAAACCGUUCUGAGCCGUCAUGAGCUGAAGCUGGUUACCACUGCCAAGACAGUAUAA